CCUGCAUGUGAUGUGUUCAAUCAUAACAUUCACUUUAAAGUUUAAAUAUUCUCCCCAAAAGCAAAAGCAUGGAAACAACAAAAGUGUUAAUUGAAGAAGAUAUUGUGAUUGUUGGUGCUGGAAUUGCUGGCCUAACUGCUGCCUUAGGACUUCACAGGUUGGGUAUCCCAAGUUUGGUGCUAGAAUCUUCAGAUAAACUGAGAGCUACUGGUUUUGCUCUAACAGUAUGGAAGAAUGCAUGGAAGGCCUUGGAUGCUGUUGGUGUUGCAAACACCCUCCGCUCCAAACAUCUUCAACUUGAAGGGAAUGUGACUACUUCAUUGAUCACAAGGCAACAGACAUCAACUGGUUCUUUCAAGAAUGAAACUCGUUGUGUUAAAAGGCACUUAAUGUUGGAAGCACUUGCCAGUGAGAUUCCUAAUGACAGAAUCAGAUACUUGUCAAAGGUUGUUGCUAUUGAGGAAUCUGGAUUCUCUAAGAUACUGCAUCUUUCUGAUGGAACAACCAUCAAAACUAAGGUUUUGAUUGGUUGUGAUGGAGUGAACUCUGUGGUUACAAAGUGGUUAGGCUUCAAGGAGGCCGCUUUCGCCGGAAGAUCUGCAAUCAGGGGAUAUACAGAGUACAAGAACAAUCAUGGGUUUGAGCCCAAGUUUAUGCAGUUCUUCGGAGACGGUUUUCGAACUGGGGUUAUUCCUACUGAUGAAAAGGGUGUUUAUUGGUUUUUUACUUGGAAUCAAACCAAUCAAGAGAAAGAUCAAGAACAUGACCCAACUAAAUUGAAGCAAUUUGUGUUGGACAAGCUUGAGAAAAUGCCAAGUGAUGUAAGAUCAGUCAUAGAAAACACUGAGCUACAUAGCUUCUUUUCGUCGCGACUUAGAUAUAGACAUCCAUGGGAGCUCUUGUUUGGAAACAUCAGCAAAGGAAACGUUUGUGUGGCCGGAGAUGCAUUCCAUCCCAUGACUCCUGAUCUUGGGCAAGGCGGUUGUUCUGCAUUGGAAGAUGGUGUUGUUCUUGCAAGGUGCUUAGGUGACGUAUUCUCCAAGAAACAAGGAACACAGCAAUUGAAAGAUGAUGAUGAAGAUGAACAACAAUACAAGAGGAUUGAGGAAGCUUUGAAGAAAUAUGCAAAUGAGAGAAGAUGGAGAGGCAUUGAUCUCAUUAGCACUGCUUAUAUGAUUGGUGUUAUUCAGCAGGGUGGUUCUAAAUUCGUUGGUUUUUUGAGGGACAAAUUCUUGGCUGCAUUCCUUGCUGGUUUGUUACUCAAGAAAUCUGAUUUUGAUUGUGGAAAAUUAGACGACUAAUAAUGAACCCAGAGAAAUCUUUGACUCGAACCCACAACUUCUAAAUGAGUAUAGAGAGAUUAUGUCAUUUGAGCUCUAGUUCAUUCGCGUCAUUUUAUCACAACUUAUGAAACCAUUAUCUUUUUUUGUAAAAUAAUAUGGAUAUCAUAGUUGUUAUGUUGUGUUUACCAUGAACUAAAUAAAUUUGUAAAUUGAGGGUUUGUUUUAC